AUAGGCCAUGCUGGUUUUGUUUGGAUUGCAUAAGCUUUAAUCUAAAGUUAGAGAUGUUUUUAGUUGAUCUGUGUUAAUGUUGGGUGGGAAUUAACAUGCAUAAGAGAAGAUCAUGUGACCUCUCCCCCUUUUCCAUCGCUUUAUCGGAUUCCUGCCAAAGCACAGUGGCUAGAGGCUAGCUGGGCUGGGCUGGGAUCACACAACCCAGAGAGCGAGAUGCCAGCGAUCUCAGUCCUUUACAGAGGCGCCGUCAUUAUUAGCAGGACACUCAUGGGACCGUAUGGAAUGGAUCGAACAGUGCACUGCAUUGAUUUCUAUGACUGUGCAAAUGGGCUGGGUAUUAAGGUAAUCGGUGGCGUCAAGGAGUUGACAAGAGAAGAAUAUGGAGUUUAUGUAAAGAGGAUCCUACCAGGCGGUGUGGCUUAUGCUGAUGGACGCUUGCAGCCAGGAGAUCAGAUCUUGGAGGUCAACGGAGAUUCUUUGAUUGGAGUCACGAGUGAGAGGGCUGUGGAUAUUCUCAGGACAGCCUCCGCCACCAGCCACAUGCGCCUUCUAAUAGCUCGAGAUGAUGAUGCCAGGAGAGAGUUCUCUGAGCUGCUGGAAAAGUUUGGAUCUCAUAGCAACACAGAAUCGGCACGGAGUUCUCCUGUUCACCACGGCGGCAGUAGAUAUUUGGAAAGUACAUCCUCGGGGUCUUCGUCACGUUCCCAGAGUCCUCUGCUGCUGAGCCCUGCAAAUUCUCAUGGCCCACUCAUUGGAAACUCGGCUCAUUCCCCACACUCAAGCUCACACUACUCCGUUGAAUCAGGGAUUCAGUGCAUCUCCAUAGCAAAAUCCUCUGGGUUGGGGUUGACAAUCAGUGGCGGAUCUAACAGGCCAGAGGGUCCCAUGAUUUAUGUUCAAGAGCUUAUGCCAGACGGGGACUGUUACAGAGAUGGGCGGCUUCGGCCUGGUGAUCAGCUAAUUGCCAUCAAUAAAGACUCUUUGGUGGGCAGCACAUAUGAAGAGGCCAGAAAAAUACUUGCAAAAACCAAAUUCAGACAUGAGGGAAACACAGAAGUGGCCUUUAUUCCUGGAAGGGGACGGUUACAUCCUGGACUCUCAGUUCAUAACAGCAUCCAAUUGCCACCUCCUAAGGCCAUGGGGAAUGGUCUUAACUCUUGCAGGUUGAAAGUCCAUGUGAGGUCACCUGAGACUAGACAAGAAAAUCUCUUUCCUGUGCCUUCUCCAUCCCCAGACAUUUGCCCCCCAGAGCUCACAAUAUCAGCGCCUGCUUCACCUUCUAGUCAGAGAGCAGCUUCGGGCAGCAAACCGAAAGUAGCGCUGGAUCCCCAUAUUCGACUCAAGGAUGGGAAAGUCGAACUGGUGCUGCAAUAUCUGGGUCUGGAUGUGACCGAGGAGAAGAAGAAGCAAUUACGGCAGAGUCUGAUCACAGAUUCGCAGGGAACAGUGGCCUAUGGAGAUUUUCUUCAAGCACUCAGGGAUCUGCUGCAAGAUGAGCUGGAGGAGGCUGGCCUUGAUGCCAGUUCUGUGCUAUUCACUCAGCACGAAGUGGCCAGUUUAUUGGAUACAUCUGCUUUUCACUCUCUGACUUUUGACUCUGUCAGCUGCACCGACGGUGAGGAACUGGAACAGCUUCAACUGGAAAUGACAGAUCUGCGGCAGGAAGUCCAAAGGNNNNAGUCUCUUCUGAAGGAGGUGGAAAGCAGCAAGAAGUCAAUGGAAUAUGAACUUCAGAGACUGAACCAGAAGGCGCUGGACUUCCUGUCUGAGAACCGGACCCUCCACAGCAAGCUGCAGGUGGCGGAGGUGGUGCAGCAGCAAGCCCACAGUGCAGAGCAGGACUAUGAGGAAGUGAUCCACCUGCUAGAGGCUGAAAUCACUGAGCUGAAAACUCAGCUGGUAGGGAAGAAAACAAAGCAUGUCUCCGAAGCAGAGGGAGACAUUCUGGAGCUGAAAAGACGGCUGUCCCUGGCAGAUGGUCAGUUGCGGAAAUCUGAAGUCAUGCGGAAGCGCUUGGAAAUCUGCAACAGGAAGCUGCUCCUGUUUGUGCAGGGGUUCUCUCAUGAGUUGCUAGUCAGUCCUUUUGCUGUGCUGCUCAUUUUAAUUCUGGUAAGAUUGACACAUCUGCUUUUAUUUUUAAGAGUCAACAGUCGGACAGAGGAGGAUAAAACAGAAGCAAUCUCGGAUGCUUCUCUUCCGUCUCCAGAUCUCCUGGACCUGUUGAUAUCAGAAGCUAAAGAAUUGUUGGAGCCCAUCCUCGCUAACACCACAAAGGAUGUAUUGCCAUACAACUGGGAUGAGUGCCUGACUGGGGAGGGAAACCUAAACUACAAGGACCAUCUUCAUCAGAAAACCACAUGGCCCCCUCCUCCGACCCAUAGCAAGAGUGAUGAGCCACAGCCCUCGAGCCCAACCAAGGAACUGCCUGAGAAGACUACAUAAAUCUCCUGAGAUGCACUCCUAUGCAUAAUCAUGUAUAUUCAUAACACAGAUGCUCUGCUGGGAGACAGACAGAAUGCAGAAUGGAUAGUUCAGUUUCCAGGCAGAGCAAAAAAUCCAUGAGUUUUCUGCUGAGACACUGAUUCUUUUGACUUGCCACCUAAGACUUAAGCAGCAAACCCACCCGCAUGGCUACCUCUGAAUUAUUAUACAAGGCUGUUCUCUCUUGGUUCUGCAGCUUUAUAAACAACAGGAAAGUUAUCGCUGAGGGGAUGUGAAUGCAUGGACCCCACAGGCAGGCAGCCUUUAGAGCUGGCAUUCUAUACAGAAAGAGGAGCAUGGACUAACCAGAGAAGGACACAUGGGUCCUGAAAGGAUUUCUUUUGGGGAUUUCAUAUGUGAAAAACCAAAGUAAACUUAAAAACAACAAGGAGGCCCGUGGCACCUUAAAGACAGCUUUAUUUGGGCAUAAGCUUUCGUGGGUAAAACACCACUUCUUCAGAUGCUUAGUGGACUAUAGUGAAACCAACAUACUCUGUAGUGUCUAUAACUGUCUUGGAUCCAUAUCAUGUGUUUUUUGUAAAGCUUAUCCCAGCUGCAAUGCUUGAAGUGGAAAGAAGAAGCCCGGAGGUAGCCAACAAUGUCAAUAAUGUGGUACCCGUAAGCUGUGCUGAGCACAGAAAGGACACCAUGGAACAUGUUUCAGUAAAGGUGUGGUGUAACAUUUUGGAAACUAGACCCACGUGGUUCGAGGUUUUAUGGGGUUAGUAAUGAAAAUGGUAGAGAUCUGAUAUGAAAGCACAGUCUGGCAAAUAAAAUGAAAACACUGCUUAGA